CCCCCUGCUCAGUCCUGCUCCUGCUCUCCUGUCCUGUCCGGCGAAACCCUCUCUCCGCUGACCACCGUCUCCGUCUCUGUCUCCGUGCCGACGGCGCCAUGGCCCGCCUCCUGGUCCUCCUGGCCUCGCUGCUCCUGCUGGGCACUACUGCCCGCGCCGCCUUCCCUCCGACGCUGAUCGUGGACAUGGCCAAGAUCCUGCUGGACAACUACUGCUCCCCGGAGAAGCUGGUGGGCAUGGAGGAGGCCAUCGACGCGGCCAGCAGCAACACGGAGAUCCUGAGCAUCGAGGACCCGCUCGCCCUGUCCGCCGUGCUGACCGAGGGGGUCAGGAGCACCAUCAGCGACCCGCGCGUCUCCGUGUCCUACGAGCCCAACUACGCGCCCCCCCCCGCGCCCCCCUCCCUCGCUGACCUCCCCCCCGAGCAGGUGGCCGCCAUGCUGCAGGGCACGGUCAAGGUGGAGGUGAUGGAGGGCAACCUGGGCUACCUGCGCAUCCAGCACAUCAUCGGCGAGGAGAUGGCGCAGCAGAUCGGCCCGCUGCUCAUCCAGCACGUGUGGGAGCGGAUCCUGCCCACGGACGCCCUCGUGCUGGACCUGCGCUUCACCACCACCGGCGAGCUGUCCGGCAUCCCCUACAUCGUGUCCUACUUCACCGACGCCGAGCCGCAGAUCCACAUUGACAGCGUGUACGACCGGCCGUCCGACUCCACCACUGACCUCAUGUCCAUGCCGGCGCUGAUGGGGGCGCGCUACGGCACGGCCAAGCCCCUGAUCCUGCUGACCAGUGCCGCUACGCGCGGCAUCGCCGAGGACGUGGCGUACGCGCUCAAGAACCUCGGCCGCGCCACGCUGGUGGGCGAGCACACGGCCGGCGGCUCGGUCAAGAUUGACAAGAUCAAGGUGGGCGAGACGGACUUCUACGUGUCCGUGCCCACGGCCAGGUCCACCAGCCCUGUGACGGGCAAGAGCUGGGAGGUGGUGGGCGUGGAGCCGGACGUGGAGGUGGCGUCCGAGGAUGCUCUGGACGUGGCGCUGCGCAUCGUCCACCUACGGGCACAGGUGCCCGCUCUGCUGCAGGCGUCCGCCACGCUCAUCGCCGAGAACUACGCCUUCGAGAGCGUCGGCGCCGACGUGGCCGCCAAGCUGAGCGCGCUGGCCACCAGCGGAGAGUACGCCAUGGUCAACACCAAAGAGGAGCUGGAGGUCAAGCUGUCCGCCGACCUUCUCAAGCUCUCCGGAGACAAGAGCCUGAAGACCACACACAACGUGCCUGCCCUGCCCGCCGUGUACCCACCUGAGGUGAUCAUCGAGCUCAUCAAGGUCUCCUUCCACACGGACAUCUUCGAGAACAAUGUGGGCUACCUGCGCUUCGACAUGUUCGGAGACUUUGAGCAGGUGAAGGCCAUCGCCCAGGUGAUCGUGGAGCACGUGUGGAACAAGGUGUUGGACACUGAUGCUCUGAUUGUGGACCUCAGAAACAACGUGGGCGGCCCGACGACCUCCAUCUCUGGGUUCUGCUCCUACUUCUUCGACGGAGACAAGGAGAUCGUGCUGGACAAACUCUACGACAGACCCACCGGCGCCACGCGCGAGCUGGUCACUCUGCCUACACUCACAGGUAAGCGGUACGGCUCUCAGAAGAGUCUGCUCAUCCUGACGAGUGGCGUGACGGCUGGAGCAGCUGAGGAGUUCGUCUACAUCAUGAAGCGUCUCGGCCGCGCUAUGGUCAUCGGCGAGACCACGGCCGGCAGCUCACACCCGCCAGUGACCUUCCGCGUGGGCGAGAGUGACCUGUUCCUCGCCAUCCCCAUCACCCACUCCGACACCAGCCAGGGCCCGGCCUGGGAGGGAGCGGGCAUCGCGCCACACAUCCCCGUGCCCGCGGACGCCGCGCUGGACACCGCCAAGGGCAUCCUCAACAAGCACUUCGCUGGACAGAAGUGACCUCUGACCUAUGUCCCCAGACCUGGUCUCCGCCUCCCAACGCAAAACACGUCCGACAGAGUCCACAGUCCUACUGUCGUCAGAGAGUCCACACACAGCGUCCAGUCCAUCUCUCUCCCACACACACACAGCGUUGAGAGAGUCCCUCGUCCACACACACACACACACAGCGUUGAGAGAG